CACCAUUUCUGCAUCGGGGAAAGUAUUCUUCAAUUUUAUCACGAACAAGAGAGAUAUAAGAGAGAUGGAAAGGAAAAGACAGAGGUUCAACAAGGUGGUGCUGGUUCCAUUACCUCUUCAAGGCCACAUAACUCCUAUGCUUCAGUUAGGCACCAUUCUUCACUCCAAGGGCUUCUCCAUCACCGUCAUUCACACCAAAUUCAACUCUCCUGAUCCCUCCAAGUAUCCUGAAUUCAGUUUCCUCUCCAUACCAGAUAAUUUGUCGGAUCAAGUCAUUUCCUCAGGCAAUAUAAUAUCACUUAUUUUUGAGAUUAAUAUGAAUUGCCAAGCACCGUUUCUGGAAUGCUUGGUUCGAAUGACGGAACAACAGAAACUCUACGAUGAGAUUGCCUGCAUAAUCUAUGAUGAACUUAUGUACUUCUCUGACACAGCAGUAGCUCGUAUGAAGCUCCCAAGUAUCACCUUCUGCACCACUAGCGCGGCAACAUUUAAUGCUCGACUCGAUCUUCUACAACUCAAAGAAGAAGGUUAUCUACCAUUCCAAGACGCUGCGUUGCAGGACUUGGUACCAGGUCUUCAUCCACUCAGAUUCAAGGAUCUGCCACUUUCCAGAUUUGGAGCAACAGAAGAUUUGUUUCAGUUGAUGUCUAACUUAAAAGCAAGGAAAACAUCUUCUGCUCUUGUCAUAAACACCGUUGACAUCCUCGAAAAAUCACUGCUAUUACAGGUCCAACAACAGGUCCAGGGUCCAGUCUUUCCUAUAGGUCCUCUGCAUCUAGUUGCUCCAGACUCCUCAAGUAGCUUGUUGGAGGAGGAUGGCAGCUGCAUUACAUGGCUUGACAAGCAAAAUCGGAACUCAGUUAUCUAUGUAAGUCUAGGGAGUUUAGUCCUCGUGGAAGAGAAUGAGGUAGCAGAAAUGGCUUGGGGCCUGGCUAAUAGCAAGCAGCCAUUCUUGUGGGUAAUUAGGCCUGGAUUGGUUAUUAAUUCGCAAAGGAAGGAGCUAUUACCGGAGGGUUUUCAAGAGACUGUUGGAGAAAAUGGUUGUAUAGUGAAAUGGGCACCCCAGAAGGAGGUGUUAGCUCAUGACUCAGUGGGAGGGUUUUGGACUCACUGUGGCUGGAAUUCAACGAUGGAGAGUUUAUCUCAAGGGGUGCCAAUGAUAUGCAGACCAUCUUCAGGGGAUCAGAGGGUCAAUGCAAGGCACAUCAGUCAUGUAUGGAGAGUGGGCUUGGAAGUAAAUGACAAGCUGGAGAGAGUGGAGAUAGAGAGAGCAGUUAGGAGGCUAAUGGGGGCUAAAGAAGGGGGAGAGAUGAGGCAGAGAGCUAUAAAUUUGAAGGAGAAGAUUGAACUUUGCAUUGGAGAGGGCGGUUCUUCCUACAACUCAUCAUCAGAGUUAGAAAAGCUAAUUAUAUCCUUCACUCCUGAGUGCUGAUCACACACCCAUGCAUGCCAGAUUUUGGCCACAACCAGCAACCUUCUCAAACGCCUGGAAAGACAAAAUUCUCUCACUCUCUUAAAAUAUAAAUGGUCAGGCAAU